AUGGAACCAGAGCUGUCCCUUAGCGCUCUCCUUGAGGCUGUCACAGCCCUCACAGCCACAGUUGGGUCCUUGCAGGACCAAAUCAGAAACCAAGGCCAACAGCUUGCAGAGCUCAAAGCCAUUUGCAAGGAAACCGCCAACCUUGUUGGCAACAAGGAUCAAGGAGGCGCCCAAGCCAAGCCUGGCCCAUUGACUGGGCCUGUCACCCCUCCUACCCAUUUGGGAGGGGAAGCCCACACUCCAGGAAUGGUUAGGCCUGGACUCAAGGCCCCAUUCCGCCUGUUGAGAGGCACAAACUUUGACUCCAAGGAAGAUGAUGAACCCAGACAAGGAACCAAGAAGGAACCUUGCAACACUGUUAUGAGUCUUAGCUCCCUCACCCCCUUUGACUCAGGGUCCAGUGUAAAACAACCCAAAAUGGAGUUACCAGACCCCUACAAGGGCAAUACACAAGGACGCAAGGCCACCCAGUGGCUAGAUAGAAUGCUCCUAUGGGUAGCUCUCCAUAGGGACCAAUUUGAUGAAGAAGAGCAGAUGGUUGUAUGGAUCUUAUACCACAUGACAGACAAGGCUGCCAACUGGGCGCUUCCCAUCAUUGGGACAAUCAUCAAGGGUGUUGUACACCACUGCAAAUCCAAUGGUAUAUGUGAGGAGGGUGUAACAAAGGGCAAGGGAAACCCCCCAACCACCAUCCUGGCCUUAAUGGCCAAAUUCAAGGAAGUGUUUGCCAAUCCUGACGCAAAAAGGGCUGCUGCCAGGAAAAUUGUGGCACUCUCCCAAACUACCACCACUUUGGAAUAUGUCACAGAGUUCCACAAUCUCAUGGUGGAAUUGGACUGGAAUGAGGAGGCCUACAUUGCGCAGUUCAUGCAAGGCCUCCACUGGAAGGUCAAGGAACUGUUAUUGACCAAGUGUUAUAGACACAAUUGA